AUGAGCAAAUAUCAACAAAAACCAUAUACAGCAGAAGAAAAACGAAAAGCCAUUGAGACGUUCUCAGAGAAAAUACAAUACAGUCCGAGGUAUUCCAAUGAAGAUUGGGAAUAUAGACAUGUCAUUAUCCCCAAACAACUCGUAAGAUACGUACCACCCGGAGUAUGUCCUGAGGAUGUAUGGAGAGGCUUAGGGAUCAGACAAUCGCCUGGCUGGGAAAUGUAUAUGCGACAUGAACCUCAUGUCCUCCUCUUUCGCCGACCAAAAGAUUACGAUUCAGUCCAUCAACCAUUCUCACAAGUGAUGGGUUCGAGAGCAUUAAACCUUGCAGGCGUCAAGAAAUAA